AUGAGCCCUCAAGGAAUCACUCGCAAGAGACCUGCCCCCGGCACAUCCCCAGCCGUCCACCCCCAGCUGGGUCAGCUACCGAAUUAUCCGGCGACUUCAGGAGCCCCAUUGUCAAAUGACCAAUUCUUGCAAUGGGGUCAAAACACAUCUUCCAACACCGUUCCCGCCCCAUCCUUCCCCGAUACGAAUUCUUACAACACCGCCGCUGGUUUACCGCCGUCAACCCAUGAUGUUUCCGGCGCUUCUACCGCUUCCAACCAGGUCGCACGUAGACAACCAGCAAACCAGAUGGUGAACCGAAGUCGCAGCUACGAACAGCCCUCGGCAUCUCUUCCUGAGCAAGGCAAUGGACCCGAGUCUGGGGGUUGGUCGGAGAGCUUGGAUGAGCUCUACCAGCGGGCAGUGGUAGCAAAACGAGAGGCCCAGGCAAAGCGAAAACAAAUACCACCUUUUGUACAGAAACUGAGCAGUUUUCUUGACGAGUCGAAAAACACCGAGUUGAUUCGAUGGUCUGACGACGGAAACUCAUUCAUUGUGUUGGAUGAGGACGAAUUCGCUAAGACCCUAAUCCCGGAGUUGUUCAAGCACAACAAUUAUGCCUCUUUCGUUCGACAGUUAAACAUGUACGGGUUUCAUAAGAAAGUGGGCCUUUCUGAUAAUUCCAUGCGGGCCAGCGAGAGAAAAAACAAGAGUCCUAGUGAAUAUGCCAACCCUUACUUCAAACGCGGCCAUCCCGACCUGCUGUGGUUGAUUCAGAAGCCCAAGAACACAACAGGACAGGGAACGAAGUCUAGCAAAGGCUACGUGCGUGUGAAAACAGAGGAUGCUGAAAACGAACCUGAUGAGUAUGUUGAUGAUAAUGCCGGGGUAACACGGGACGACGGCUCCCGGAAUCGUCAGCUAUCUCUGAUUGCACAGCAACAGCCGUUACCGAAGGAUCAGUUCUCAAACGUUUAUCGAGAAUUGCAAGCAAUUCGUCAACAGCAACAGAUCAUAUCCAGCACCAUUAGCAAACUAAGGCGGGAGCAUGAACAGCUCUAUGCGCAGGCAGCGAAUUUUCAGGAGCAGCAUACUCGCCAUGAGAACUCGAUUAAUGCCAUACUUACCUUCCUCGCCACCGUGUAUAACAGGAGCCUCCAAGGCCAGGAAGGCCAGAACCUGGCAAACUCUUUCGCCGGGGCAAUUUCACAGGACCAGGGUAAUGUUGUCGAUAUGAGUGAUGACUAUUCUUUUGGUCCACUGGGCACCGGUUCGAUUAAUAGUCCCGGAGGCCAGCGGUCAAUGAAAAAACAGCCUUUACUGCUUAAAGCGCCGCCAGGUGUGGACAAUCAUGGUCGUGCUACAACACUCUCGCCUGCCGCAAGCGCUUACGAUCGGCCGCAGCCUCGUGGCCACGCCCGGCAGCCAAGCGCUUCUCAAUCUGGACAAGUCGAAGAAGUCUUUGAUACUAGCCCGAGACCGAAGGAGGCUGCUCCUCCUCAGUCCCAGGAAUAUCCGCAGCGAGACAUAAUGUCCGUUAUUCAAAACACAAACGCGCGAAACGGAAUUCCAACAACUUAUAGUGAUUUCCCAAACGUACUAUCGUCACUUGAGACCUCCGGCGGUAAUGUUCCUCUCACUCCCAACCAACGUGCAGAUAUGCUCCGUCUCAUGGCAAACGAGAGUGGCACGAACGACACUGGCGAAAAUAUACCUCAGAAUGAUGCUCUGAUUAGCCCGAUGCCGCCGCCAAUGCCAAACAAUUACUCAUCACGGCUUGCCAGCACUCGAUCCGAAAUCGAUAACCUGAUGAAGAUGCAAGCGGAGCAAGACCGGUCUGUUCAGAACCUAACGAACCUCUUACAGCCACUCAGCCCAACCGGUGCUAUUCCUGGUAUCGGAGCUGAUGGGAACAUCCCUCCCCCUCCCCUCGAGCUAGACCAGAUCUUUAAUAACGACUACUUUACCGACUUUGGCGACUAUGAUCAACAUAAUAGGGGAAAUUUGGAUCUUUCAGGAGACUCAACGGGCGCUGCUCAGGCACCUGCGGCAGUUGAACCCCCUAUUUCAGACGACCCAACAAUCAAACACGACGGAAACGACUUGUUCGAUUUCGAUCAUCUAGCCGGCGAUGGUGAACUUUUCGGAGGAACAAACCAGCACCAAGCGAGUGCCGGAUUCUUCCAAGGAUUCGAUAACCAUGGUUACGGCAACACAUCAGCCAACCCAACCGCCACGAAUCCCGCCAUUAGUGGCCCCGGACGGGUAGUGGAGACGCUCACAGACAGCGAAACCACAAGCCCCAGUAAUACAGUCGAAGACCCGUCGCAAUACAGCACUGGUGUUCUUGACACAGGGGACGAUUCUCAGGGAGGGAAAAUGAAUGGAGGCGGGAAACGACGAAGGAAAGCUUGA